AUGGGCGUCGCGGUUCACCUCACAGACAUUGAUUUUACGUCACGGUGUGCCCUGCAGGAUUGCUACGUUAUACCAGCGGGUGGGGGCGCAUCGCCACCCGUUGCUGCCGAUGUUGCUGAGGCGGAUGCACUGCCGCAGGGACGUCUGGCGUCACCCUACUUGCUGCAGCGCCAUAACGUGCAGAAUCGUCUGCAGCCGCUCGCGCUUCUGUGGCGCUGCGGAGCAUGUGGAAAGGAGGAGUGUGUCGCGAGGGAGGCGCUGGCUCCACCGGCUGCGCACAACCAGAACGACAGCAGCAGCAACAGAAGACGGUCCCAUUCACGAGGUUCCUCCGCUUCGUCGCCGCGGCGGCACAACCCUGCGGUGUGCCCCGACUGUUACUGCUGUCCGCGCUGCAACGCUACUGCUGUGGGCAUCUCGCUUACGCGUCAGCUGAAGUAUGUGGCGCAGUGCUCCUACUGCCACUGGCAGCAUGGCGCUGCAUGUGAGGAGUUGAAGGACCUCAUCGUCGCUCUGGCCUCCUCAACACCGCAGCAGCUGAUGGCGCCGUACCAUCGCGCAGUGAGCGAGUGGCAGCGCUCUACCAAGGAGAAGAUUAAGGCGGAAGAAGAAGCGUCACUGAGUCUCUCCCGUUUGGCCAUUGCAGCGCAUGCCUCGAGUAUUAGCGAAUCUACAGCAGAAUCAGGCCCGCAACUGCACCCUGCCAUUGCGCUGGAGCAGCUGCGGGACUUCAUACGCAAGCAACGCGAGAAGGCGUCAUGUGCUUCACCGGAAUUGUCAUUCCAUAUAACGCGAGGGGAGGAGGCAGCUGCAAACCAAAUAGUACACUCAGAACCAGCAACAGCCACAGCAACAUCAGCAACCGAUGCAGAGGAAAUGCAUGGAGUUCCGGUUUUGCAAUACAACAGUGAUUUGCUGAAGAAGACAACACAGAUGGAGCAGCAUGGCUUCUUUCUGCCGAUGGGUCAUCCAUUCUGGAACAGCAUGGCAAGCAGUUGUAAUAGCGGCAGCAGUCAAAGUGAAGAGGCUGCUGCGACAGCACCGUAUCUGCUCAAACAGAACACACGACUGCCCCUACUGGCCAUGCUGCUCACGUCCUCAUCUGGAACUGAGACGAGUAGCGGAUCGGGCUCACGCAAUCACAGCAGCAGUGAUGGUGGUGGUGACUCCUCCCUUUGCGUUGUGAACGGUGUGGAGCGUGACCCUUCAUUUGACCGCGUUGCGCAGGAUCUCCGCACGCGUAGUGGUGGGGAGCGUCGACGGCGUCCGUUGCUCCACAUGCCGCUGGCGGCCGUACGUUACCUUCCUGUCCUGCUACAGCAACGCGGCCGCUGUGACGCCCCUGACGGGUCGGAGCGAUACUUCACGCUGCACAAUUUUGGCGACGAGCAGCUUGUUGUGCGUCGCUUCACGAUUGCGUGUGAGGUGGGGGGCACCUUCACUUCGUCGCUUAUCAUUCCAGAAGGCGCAGGCGCCGAUGCGUUUGUGACGAUUCCGCCCCGCAGCAGUAGCGGCAGUGGCUCGGCGGGGGUGGAGUUUGGUGUCACGCUCCACCGCCACGGCAGUGGCAGCAGCUGUGGCGAUGCGGGGGAUGUGAUGGUUGGUUUCAUUGUGGAGGUGCUGACAAUGCUGCCAGUGUGGCGCAGGACUAACUCUGCUGCUGCUGCAACGAGAAGUGGCAUCGCUUCCCCUCAGCCGUUUUAUGAGGACGCUGAAGAAGAAACCGCCACCGGGAGCCUGGCGAGGUGUCAGCACAUUGUGGCAUACGGCCUGACCAUCGCCUGGUGA